AUGUCGAGUUUGGAAAAGCAGCCAGUCGCGGAUGACCAGGCUGCAGCCUCUCAGGCAACAGAUUCUCACGAUGCCCAAGCCCAAAACGACGAUGCUCCUCCAAAUGGAGGGUUAUUGGCUUGGAUGCAAGUCGCUGGCUGCUUUGCUUUGUAUCUGAAUACAUUAGGCCUAUUGAAUACCUUUGGUGUAUUUCAGACGUACUAUGAGACGACUCUACUCCGUGACAGUUCACCAUCGGCUAUCUCGUGGAUCGGCUCUAUUCAAGCGUUCUGUCUGAUGAGCAUUGGUGUCUUCAUCGGCCCGUUGUACGACGCGGGCUAUUUUCGUGCCUUGUUGUUCUCCGGAACAUUUCUCGUCACGCUUGGCUUCAUGAUGACUAGCAUCAGCUCCGAGUAUUACCAAGUAUUCCUAGCCCAAGGAAUUUGUAUCGGCCUGGGCACGAGCUGUCUAUCCAUUCCGUCGAUUGCUCUGGUUCCCAUGUACUUUACACCCCCAAAGCGCGCGUUGGCCAUGAGCAUAAGCACAAUAGGAUCUGGUAUUGGGUCGACGGCGUAUCCGAUCAUGUUCCAGGCGCUACUAUCCAGAAUCGGGUUCCCCUGGACAGUGAGGCUUCUCGGUUUCAUUUCCUUUGCCUUUUGCAUCUUUGCCAUCCUCGUGACACGGCCACGGUACAAAAAAACGGCGGCAGUGGCGGACGGCGUGGCCAAGGCCCGCUCGAUUCGCUCCAUUAUUCGGGAGGCCAAUCUCGGCGAGCGUCGGUACUUGACAUACGUGCUAGCUGUGUUCUUCAACAAUAUCGCCUUUUUCGAGCCGCUGUAUUAUAUCCAGGGUUACGCCGAGGCGCACGGCAUGGCGGGAAUGGCAGUGGCGGGCUACCUGCUCGCCAUUCUCAACGGAUCGUCCAUCCUCGGGCGCCUGGCGCCGUCGGCCGCGGCGGGCAAACUCGGCGUCGUCAACACCUUUAUCGCCGUGUACCUCUUGAGCGCCGUGAGCGUCUUCUACUGGAUCAGUGCCCGCAACGCCGCGGGCAACAUUGCCUUUGCUGUGCUGUACGGUUUCUUCUCGGGCGGCGUCGUGGCCUUUCAGCCCGUCGUCUUGACCUCCAUCACCGAGGACCUGGCCUACCUGGGUACUAGGCUCGGCGCCCUGUCUAUUUUGAAGGGCAUCGGGUCGCUGGCAGGUCCGCCCAUUGCGGGUGCAAUCUUGCAGGGCUCGGGUGGUUAUCUGGGGGUACAGCUGUUUACGGGGUUUGCCAUUGUGAUCUCGGUAAUUUUUGCAGUGGCCUUGCGGUCCAUGGUGGGAUCAGGUCAGCGUAUGAGGUAG